AUGCUAGCAGGAAAGAUUAGCGGAACUCAAUCUUGCAGCGGGGAGAUGCCUCUCAGGCGGCCGCGUUGCGUUUCAGGUGGUAGGCGGGCCCAUCAGACGACAGGAGGUGCUGUCGAGGAGUACUGGGGGUCAAUAUCACGGAUGCAUGGAGAUGCGUUGGCAGUCAACUGCUCCCUCAGCAGUGCGAAUCAAGGUGGGGAGCGGUCUCCAUCUCCAACAAUCCCAUGCACCGACUCCUCAACAUUUGGCACCUCAUCGUCGUCAAUGUCGACACCGCGGGUACAAUCGGGUGUAUUGGAGAAUUUACCUAUCCCCGCCCGUAUUGUGCGGUCACUUGGUCACGGGAACAAUGGACAAGUGUUCUUGGCACAUAUGAUGCCCAAUAACGGCCAUGAACAUGAUGGUGAGGAGGGUGGAACGGCUUCUCAUGCUGCAGAACAAUUACAGGAUUCCUCCAACGACUGCUGCGUCCCUCAGGGGCAUUUGGGUGGUGCCAGGGAAACAGUGGCACCAAUUCCCAUCGCAGUGAAAUUAAUGAACUCACUCUCAAAACAUGUGCAGCGCGAAGUGUCCUGUCUGGAGUACCUUCAUUCGUGCCGUGAGUGUUGGAAGGGUGAUCUUGUAGCCGCAGAUGUUGAGGGCGACAUCAGCGACCCCAAGUGCGAGUCAUCCACAUGCAGAGAAUCACCGUUGUUGUCUAACACGUGUCUUUCCCCACCCCCUUGCCCGAAACUCUUCUUUGUUAAACAAGUAGAAGGUCAUGUCGCUAUUGGACUGGAACUUCUUGGACUCGACCUAUUUGACUUUACGGGUGACUUCAUUUUAUAUGAGGGUGAACUGUGCUUAGUGGGAAUUGAGAUGCUAAGAACACUUAGUGCUCUUCACAAAAGGGGAUUAGUACACCGCAGCGUAAAGCCAGAGAAUUUCUGUUGGAAUGAAACUGAACUUCAAGUCGCCAACGAUUGUAGCGGACUUGUUAAUGCAAAUGAUCACAAAGACAAAGCACCUUCACACUGUUGUCCUCCUGUUUUCAUGUUUAAGAUGGUUGACUUUGGACGUGGGACGAUUGACGCAAGCGACUCUACAGAAGCUACCCUUUAUGAGCGACCAUAUGGCGGUUGGUGGCAUAGCUUGAAUGGUUUCCUGGGUAAGCCAAUGGGACAGAAGGAUGAUUUGAUGGGCAUUGCUCAUACCGUGGGUUAUCUCCUUGACGACUACAGAAAUUAUCACAAGGAAGCGAGUCGUUCCUCUUCGUCCCAACAAGAAGACUCUUCGGACCCUUCAAGCACAGAGAGUACUCAGAGCUGUGGUACAGUGUCUCCAAACCGUACUCUUAGUCGUUCACGCGAGACUCCGAUAGGAAGUCAAGUUGUGGUCCACUCUUUCCAGCGUGGGAUCGCUGUUAAGAGGGGGCGGGAGGAUGGGGCGUCACCUGGCUUCGAGGCAAAUGACUUAUGCAACGACGCAGAAAGGUCAGGUUCAACGUCAAGAAGCAGCAGUGGCGGCCGUACCGGAAGCCCACCCCACUCAUAUUCCUCAUGGCGGCACUUUCUGGGGGAUAGGAUCGCACGCGCUUAUGAUGAAGUGAAGGAGCGCUACAAGCAGCGAGUGGCUCCCCGUGGAGCAGAGCCCUCCUAUUGCUCCAUAAAGGAGCCAGGAGCCGAAUCACAGAGAGAACUGUUGAUGGAGGAAGAGCGCAACCGCCGACGUGCGUGGAUUGUGCGCGGAGUGGAAGAGGACUUUAUGCCUAGUCUUCUCCCAGACAACUACUAUCCACCUAAUAUGCCACAGUGGUGGGUGGACUGGUACGGUCAGUGCAACAGAUGCUGUAGUGAUGCAUCUGUAACGGCGGAAGUUAUGGCUGAGGUGAUGAUGGAUGGGCUUCGCCAGCGGAUUGAGGCGCACGGUGCCACAGUGGAGAGUGUGCGUCACAACGUGGUUAAUGCGUAUUUCUCCACGAAGAAGAGGAGUGAUCGAGUAAAAUAG